AUGAGAGCACUCUUUCUCGCAUUUUUGAUUGGAGCUGUCCUAGAUUUCAACUCAGGCUUCUCAGCUAGAAGAGUCAGAGCUGAAUCCACAAGUCCAAAUGACCUUGAAGUCCAUCAAAUAAUUUCAGGUUUACUUGAAGGCCUUCCAACAGAAGCUCAAUACCCUGAAAUCAAAGAUUGCAUAUCAGGGACCGACAAAAUUUCAGAAAAUUUCUCCUUGGCUAUAUCUAGCUAUAAACUUUCUACUGCAGAAUCUGCAACCCAAACCCUUAAAUACCUUGCUGCAGCCUUAAAUCAAUUCCCAAGAUUCCUUGAUUGCAACCCUGUAGAAAGAGACUUAUCAAGGGUGUAUCACUCUUUAAAUGUAUUCCAAAACCCUCUUACCUUUAGUUUUGCUGAAAAUAAAAGCCUUAAAGUCAAUGAAAGAGAAAUUCACUGGUAUCUAGACCAAGCUAUGAAAUUCUUUGAAGCCAAAAGAUGGAAGGAUUUCGGGUUUUACCUUGGAACUUGUCUAGGCAAGGUUGGCGGGUCAGGAAUUCAAGUAAUUGGCUAUUAA